CGUCGAGGAAGCUGCUGUUUGAUUAUCCGAUAAAAACGGAAAACGGCGUUUCGAAAUCCGCUGUUCGCGUUUUAAUUUAACAGUUAACGAAGUACCUUCCGUUCGCGACGUACGUAUCACAAUCGGCGUUUCAAUUAUUAAUAACCUGGUGCGGUUUUCGUAUGCGGAAUUUCGAAUAGUUUGUCGUGAAUUUUCAAUUUCGACGGUCAUCAAGGUGAAGCGACAUUAUUCGAUGGUGAUUGUGGCGUUUGUUAUUCAACGUGUGUUGGAUUUCACGAAAGAGUGUUUCGAGCAACCUUGUCAGCCGUGAGAACCUGGUGGAAGACCUGAAGGAAUCCGCCAAACCAUUGUCCGCGUCCUGCACACCGGAGGUUUCGGAGAAGGUAGAGGCUGCAGUCGACGAGGCUGUCACAGCCUACUCGACCACCUGCAGCAACCUCAAGAACCUCUGCACCAAAUACAACCACGCUGCCGACCUUUGGAAGCAGUACAAGGAGUCCAGCGACCUGGUGCACGAAUGGGUUGAGAAUUGCAUGGACACAGUGGCCGAUUUACCACCGGAGGAAGCGGUGGAAGCAGUCAAGGUAUGCGAAGAAACGCUGAGGAAACAUGUAGAAAAAUUCGCUGUACUCAAAAACAUGGUUUCCGAAAUCGCCAACGCUGUUGGUCUGGACGAGAAAUCCCUGCUAAACAGCGAGAUAGACGACCUAGGAAAGCGACUAGAGAACGUCAGAAAAUCAUUGACCAUCCUCAGCGAUGUCGCCGAAGAACAGUACAACCAAAAGGCUGAAAACGAAGGAAAAAUAAACGAGACCAGGGAUCUUAUACAAGCCAUCAAAUCGAGUGUGAAUGGAAUAAGUUCGAAUGCAGAUAACGAUGAACAAAAGCUGACCGACGUAAGAGACAAUUUAUUGGCCCUUGGAAAAGCAGAAAGCCACAUUCAACUGGUCCGAAAUAAGACUCUGGAACUCAGCCAGACCGUGCGCACCGAAACCACAGUUUUGGAGGUUCUGGAGUUAUGGCAAGAAGUAUUCAAAGAAACAUUCCAACAGUACCAUAGACUGAGUUCGAGACUGGUGAAAAACGAAGAUGCAGCAGCUGCUCUCAGAUUAUGGCAGGAAUAUCUGGUAAACGUGCAACAGUUCCUACAAGGUUCAAUUCCAAGUGACUAUUACAGUUUGUCGGAUCACCAACACCUCUGCCAAGUCCAUAAGAAUCUCUUAACGACGCAGCAAAACAUCCUGCAGCCUCUAGACCAAAAUGGUCAACUGGCCAGUGGUCUCGUUGAGAACAGCGUACUAGAGCAAUUCAACACUUUAACAUCCCUUCACAACGAAACUCUGGAUAGUAUUGUUCAAAGGUACACUGAAGUCCAAAAUCGUAUAAACUCGUGGGAGAGAUAUAGAACAGACCAGAACAGAUUACAUGCUUGGCUCAAAGAUAUUGAGAGAGAAAAGGAGAGAAUGCAGUUGAGAUAUCUUCACAUAAGGGGAAUCAAUAGGGUCAUAUCUCAAAUAGAUACCCUUUUGAGUAAAAUACCUUAUGGUGAAGACCAACUGACGAAUCUCAUUGAGCAACAACAGAAGAUUUUACAGUUUGGCGACGAUGCUCUAUCUACAUCGAUACGUAUGGAACAUGCUGCCCUAAAACAACGUAUCAGUAACCUCCAGGCUAGUCUUAUGACUUGGAAACAGUUCCUAGAACGAAUUUCCAAGUUGGUGCAAUCGCACGAAGAACGCGUCAGCAAAUUGGACAAUAUCUACAACAAUACCCAAGAUAUUAUUUCAGAUUUCAUGUCUCAGUCCUCCACCAACUCCAGUAUUAGUAACAGGUUAGGUAUCUUACAAACGGCCAGGUUGAAACUUGCCAACACUAGUUCCGACCUAGAAGACCUUGAAUCUAGUCAGAAACAACUCAAGGAAUGUUUGAGCCCUUCGGACAUCAAGGGAAUCAACCAGAAGAUGUGGGUUCUCAAAAACCAAAGGAACGAACUGGACCACGAGCUUCUCUUAUUGUGCCAACAGAUCGAGGAAAAAUUAGGGCAAAGAUCGCAGUUCGAAGAUAGGCAUGCGAAAUUCAUCGCUUGGGCGGAUGAUUUAGAAAGGAAGAUUUUGAGGGAUAGUGAUAUGGAUAGUCCAGUUGAAGACCUCAAAGAACUGUCGAUGAAACUCGAGACUAAACUCCAAGCGGACAUGGCGCUUAAACAUCGAGAAUAUAAUUGGUUGAUAACAACCGGCAACUCUCUGGUGUCUUCUUGCGGGGAGCAGUACAGCGACGUCACUGCUAAGCAGAUCCUCCACUCGAAAACCAACGAGGUGAAAUUAAGAUGGGAGAAGCUGGACACUCUAGGAAAAUCUCAAAUAGAUCGACUGAAUAGCAAGCAUGAUUUGAUAACCCAAUUGGAAAGGAAGAUAGCCGAGAUACGAGCUUGGCUCACCCAGAUGGAAAUUCAACUUGGCAAACCCCUCAUAUUCGAGAAUUGCAGUAAGGAGAUACUCAACCGCAAGAUACAAGAGCACGAGGAGUUGAAAAAAUCGAUCGAGUCUGAAAGUGGAAUACUCGCAGAAGUUGCCAAUCUCUGCGAGCUUCUUCUCAACGACGAAGACGCCAUGAAAUCAAAUUGUAGAUACAGAAACUUGUCGGCUGCUAUAGAACAUCUAGAAAAGAGGUGGAAGAAGGUAUGCGAACAAUCUACGGAAAGAAAACGGAACAUAUCCUUCGCAUGGCAGCUUCUCCACGAGAUAAACGAGCUGAGUGAAUCGAAGGAAAGCUGGAUAGUGGAGAUGGAAAACAAAUUGAAACUCUUGGAGAAACCGACGGGUCAGUUAGUGAGGGAGGAACUUCAAAAUGAGAUAUUCAAAUUGGAGAAAAUAAUCAAAGAACUAGAGACUGAAGCUGCAACUUUCACUAUCUUAGAAUCAACUUAUUCGAAGGCUGUCACUUUGGGAGGGCUCCAACCUGAUAACAUACAAGAAUUAACUUCAAGGUGUAGGAUUGUUAUAACUAAAUGGAACAACUUGUUGCCGAAAGCCAACGCAAUGUUGCAGUCGCUUCAGAAAGAGAUAGCAUUAUUCAAAGAAUUCGAGGUAGCACAAGGCGAUUCAAUUGUAGCCCUCGCUGGAAUAGAUUCAAGACUGACAACGCUGCAACACUUGACGGACUCCAAACAAACUCCCCAAGAACGACUGAAACUCCUCAACGCCAUAGAAACAGAUCUGAACAAUCAAAACUCAACGUUACAAAUCGCGGACGAGCUAGGUUUGAAAAUCAUGAAGAAAGGUAAUAGAGAAGAGAUCGAAAAAACUCAAAAAAUGAUUGAUGAGUACCAAUUUCUGUGGAAGGAGAUACAAGAGAGAAUAAUCAUUCUCACUUCUGAAAUAACUACUUUGAUCGAGCAAUCCCUUCCGCAAGAAGUUGAUGAGUGCGUACAGGUGGAGACGUUGAAGUUCGAACAGGAUACUGCUGUGCAAGUCAAUACUCUCCAUCCUCAGUUGCAAAGAAUGACUUCGAUCAGCGCUAAAGACGCUUACUUGGUGGAACUCGAGACUGCAAUAGCUGACUGCAAAACUAAUCAAGAAAAAUUAAAGGGUUUACUCGACAAAGAAACGCCACCGCAGGGUUCCCAAGAUCUCAGUUUGAGGAGUAAGGAGAUCGUUAAACUUCUCGCUUGCUGCCAAUCGAACGUCGAAGUGGUCAAUCACCUUCAUCGUGUGUUGGUGGAAGAAUGCGACUCAACCAGUGAAGAGGCCAUGUCGACGGUCGUCGAUGAACUCAACGAAACUUAUGAAGAGCUGCUGAUGAGAUCCAAGCAGAUGCAGCAGAAGAUUAGAGAACUCAGGUCUGCGGUUUCUGAUGCUUAUAAUCUCUUAUGUGAACAUGAGGCUGGAAGACUGAUUUGUCCUUUGUGCACCAAACGAAACUGGGCUCAAUUGGACAACGACCUUUGGAGGCUGGAAAAAUGGCUGGAGAUCGCCGACGGUACCCAGAAAGAACAGCGAAAGCCCCCUUCGAACAUAGAGCAACUGGAAGACGUGAUACAAGACCACCGAGAAUUCGUAUUAGAUCUGGAUAGUCACAAGAGCAUCAUCAGGUCGCUGAAUAUCGUUGGAACCCAUCUGGCAGAUCAUUCUGAGGAUACUGACCGGGCUGAUAAGUUACGCAGUAGGUUAGAGGAAGACAAUAAGACUUGGGAUUUGGUUUGUCGACGGGCAGCCAGCUGGGAAAGACUGCUCCAAACGGCUUUGAUUGAGAACCAGCAAUUCCAUUCCAUAAUAAACGAGCUUUGCGCUUGGUUAGAGAAGACUGAACAAAAAAUCAAGCUUUCUGAGCCUGUAGAUCUGACCGUGGACGCUUCGAUAAUUGAGAGCAAGUACCAGGCCUUCAGGGAGUUGAGAUCCGAACUAGAAAGGUGCGAACCAAGGGUGAUGAGCCUACAAGAAGCCGCCAAUCAGCUUCUACGACAAGAAGACUCGCCGGAAGGUUCAUCGACAACUUAUAGGAGACUGACUGAUCUAAGACUGAAACUGCAGUCCCUCAUUAAGUUAACAGGCGUCUAUAUAUUGAAACUAGGCGCAGUUAUAGGACGAGACCCGAGCGAACUAGGGGUCCCAUUAACUUCUUCAACAUUAGGCGCCCCCUCCCUUUCUGGUUCAUACGACCUUUUGGACGGUUCCAGUGAGAGACUACCACCAUCAACCGCUCACGAUGAUACUGCUCACACCGAUGGUACAGAUGACGAACUCCAAAUAAAUCCCAGCGUGUUGCGAAGAGGCUGUAGCUUUUUGGGUAGAGUAUUACGAGCCUCUAUUCCAAUACAGGCGGUGAUGUUGCUAUUGUUGGGAGCUGCCCUGGUUCCCUUCUCCGAAGACGACGAUUCUUGUUCUCUGUACACUUCGAUAGCAAACAGCCUAUCCCCUGUCCUGAGAUACAAUGGGGGACCACCUCCGGUCUGAACUGAUUUCUUCUAAUUCUUCUACAACCAUUCCAAUAAUAAUCCCUGAUUUGUUUUAUACUUACGACAAGAUGAAUUGUUGAUAACUUACUGAAUUUUGAGUUUCUGUUUUUGUAAAUAUAUAUAUAACUUGGUUUAAUAUAUUGUUACGACGAGAUUAUCCACAUGAGAUAUUACAAAUGUAUCAGUCUUUGAUGAUUUGUUCGAAGUUUUAUAUUGAUGGUGAUUUUAUGUGUAUAUUGAGGACGCACACGUUUUGUAGAGCUAUAUCCUAUAUUUUAUAUCGUUAUUUAUUAUUUUCAUAUAGUGAAUAGGUACGUGGAGGUAAAACGAAGGAGUGGAACACUUUGUUUUAUCGAGACGUAUGAAUUUUGCAUCCCGCCGGUUCCAACAUGUUUCCUCUCCAAAGCAGUUGGAAUUCGAACAUCCUGAAGCUUUUACUGUGAAAUGGUGAAAAAACGGACUCAUAAUUUUAGAUGAGAGAUAGCUUUUUUGUUUAUGCCAAUCAGCUGUGCUGGUACAUAUUAUUUAAUCCUAAUUUUUUUCAUAUGCGCUUUAUAUUAUCUAUUUUUUGUUUAUCACCAUGGUGCUAUACUGUUGAACAUUUGAAACAGACAGUUAUCUGAGAAUAUAAUGGUUUUUAUGGUGUGACAUUCACGAAUGGAAAGAAUUGAAGAUAUAUUUUCAGAAUACUGCGCUUAUACUCGAAAAUCAUAUGGAGAAGACCCGCUUAUCAUUUUCAUAUGCCUAUAAUAUACCGAAUUAAGAACGUUUUGGAUUGUUUGUAGAAUAUAUCGCCCCAGUUAUAUUGAUUAUGUUGUCUGCUAUCAUGUAUAAAUAAAUUUUUAAAUUAUAAUUAUGA